ACAAUAAUAAUAAUACUAAUAAUAAUGUUGUUAAAAUACAACCAAAUAUUAAUACCAACAAUAGUUAUAUGGAUAACGGUUUGCUGUCAUUACACGUAUGAAUUAUCAACAGUAGACAAGGAUAUAGUCAAACCAAUUAUCAAUUCGCGACAAACACUUGAAUGCCACCGACGGGAGUAUACAUUCAAAGCCACCCGAACCGACUCGAGUGGUCGCCAGUGCUGGGAAUACAUCACCGCUAUGUCCUGUUGGGGUCGGUGUGACUCCGGAGAGAUUGCCGACUGGAGGUUCCCAUACAAGCGAUCCUUUCAUCCGGUUUGCAUUCAGGACAGGACCCGAAUUAGACGAAUACGGCUCAAGCAUUGCGAUCCCGACUCUCCUCCCGGUCUCCGGUAUUAUGAAUACAAGGAAGCGCUGACGUGUGUCUGUCAGUCGUGUCACACAUCGACCGUCAGUUGUGAAGGUGUCUCAUCUGUUGGAACUCUUACGCCAUAA